GCGACGCCACCCCACACCGCCUGCAGCUCACCUCACAAACGGUUAGCCGAUCCGUCGUGGCUUCAGCUGUGUCCCGAACCGGAAAAGAGUACUGUUUUUUUUUUCCCACUGCACUCCCACUUCCGCUCGGCAGCAGACACCGGAAAUAAUACUGCCCCUAGUAGUGGAGGCGCUUCGCGUGGUUUGCUGGCUACUGCUGACCGGGGGGUCUUCAUUAAAGAAGAGAGGCAGGGCUCCCAGGUCUGGGCAGGUUGGAAGGGACCAGGACUGCGGAUGAACCUGUGUCACAUGGUACUGUGGGUACAGCAGAGAGACAGACACGGACUUUGUGCUCAUCACUGGGCAGGCACUGCCAUCUCUGAGAUCCGCCCUCCUCUCACAUUCGAAUACCUGAGUCCAGGCAGGGAGUCCUUGCCUCCUAACUCUGCUGAGGCUUUUGGGAAGCCACACAAUAUGAGGGGCCAUCCUUCCCUGCUCUUAGUCUAUAUGGGAUUGACCACCUGCCUGGACACCUUACCUUAUGAAGAGCAAAACCAAGUUCUUGACAUCUUCCUGAAUCCCCCGGAGGCCCAGAGUUUCCUAGUUGGCCGCAGGCGGGUUCCUCGGGCUAACCACUGGGACCUGGAGCUGCUGACCCCCGGGAACCUGGAACGGGAGUGUCAGGAAGAGAGGUGCUCCUGGGAGGAGGCCCGGGAGUACUUCGAGGAUAACACUCUGACGGAACGCUACUGGGAACGUUAUACCUACAAUGGCAAGGGAGGGCGUGGACGAGUAGAUGUUGCAGGCUUGGCGGUGGGACUGACUUCUGGGAUCCUGCUCAUCGUCUUGGCUGGCUUGGGAGCCUUUUGGUAUCUGCAUUACCGACGGCAGCGCCGACUCAGAGUGCAAGAGUCCUGUCAGCAAGAGACCGGGCUCAUCAGUCCCCUGACUCCCCCGACGCCCUUGUUUCCACCCUUACCUCCAGGCCUCCCCACUUACGAGCAGGCGUUAGCAGCCUCGGGUGUGCACGACGCCCCUCCACCCCCUUACUCCAGCCUCAGAAGGCCUCACUGAAGACCUGCUUCGGAACGCGGGCUCCCGAAAUGUGCCCCUGAUUCACAGCGGAUUCCGGAAGUCGCUGGGCCUCUUCGACUCCUCAUCAGUGUGUGCGUGGGGGAGUCAGGGUCGUCGGACCCGAGGUCUACAUGACACACGUGUUUCCGCCACGCACGGAUACACGCAUGUCCCUGACCAUCCUGUUGCCGAGUUGCCCCUACCUCUCGCCCCCCCUUUUCUGAUCAGCGGCCCAGCCUCGGAGUGGGCAGGCUUCUUUAGAAACUUGGACAAGACAUGACUCGACUGUCGCCCCACUGGUGUCGUGGGGAGCGUACACGCAGAGAACCAGGCCCAUGCACACCCCCGUCUUCGUGUGUUUCUCCACUCGGGCACCUGGGCAGUUCGUAAUCCAGCAUAAAGGUGGAGGGCGCGUUUGCUAUGUUAGGAUUGUGUUGCACUCGGGGAAAUGAAGUUGAGCUGAGCGUCUAUCUAACCUAAAAACCCUUUGGAAAGGAAGAGACUUAAAGAAAUCCCCCAACCCAAAAUUGAAACAAUUCGAGAAAAAUAAAAAUGCAAACGAACUGAA